AUGACUGUUCCUUAUUUAGAUUCAAGCAGAAAUGUUGCAUCUUAUUUACAAACACAUCCACGUCAAGAAAAGACUCUAAAGGAGAGAUUCGGUGAAAUCUACCCCAUUCAUGCCCAAGACGUAAGGCAAUUCGUCAAAGAGCAUGGUAAAACGAAAAUUAGUGAUGUUUUAUUAGAGCAAGUAUAUGGUGGUAUGAGGGGUAUUCCGGGAAGCGUAUGGGAAGGUUCCGUUUUGGACCCGGAAGAAGGUAUUCGUUUCAGAGGCCGUACGAUCGCCGAUAUUCAAAAGGACUUGCCAAAGGCAAAAGGAAGCUCACAACCAUUACCAGAAGCUCUCUUUUGGUUAUUAUUAACCGGCGAGGUUCCAACUCAAACGCAAGUUGAAAAAUUAUCAGCUGAUUUAAUGUCCAGAUCAGAAUUACCUAGUCAUGUCGUCCAACUUUUAGAUAAUCUACCAAAGGAUUUACACCCAAUGGCCCAAUUCUCUAUUGCUGUGACUGCUUUGGAAAGCGAGUCAAAGUUCGCUAAGGCUUACGCCCAAGGAAUUUCCAAGCAGGACUAUUGGAGUUAUACUUUUGAAGACUCACUAGACUUGCUGGGUAAACUGCCAGUUAUUGCAGCCAAAAUUUAUCGUAAUGUGUUCAAAGAUGGUAAAAUGGGAGAAGUGGACCCAAAUGCCGACUGCGCUAAAAAUCUGGUCAACUUGAUUGGUUCUAAGGAUGAAGAUUUCGUGGACCUGAUGAGACUUUAUUUGACCAUUCAUUCAGAUCAUGAGGGUGGUAAUGUAUCCGCACAUACAUCUCAUCUUGUGGGCUCGGCAUUAUCAUCACCUUAUUUAUCCCUUGCGUCAGGUUUGAAUGGGUUGGCUGGUCCACUACAUGGGCGUGCUAACCAAGAAGUACUAGAAUGGCUAUUUGCGCUUAAAGAAGAAGUAGAUGAUGAUUACUCUAGAGAAACAAUUGAAAAAUAUUUAUGGGAUACUCUAAAUUCAGGAAGAGUCAUUCCUGGCUAUGGUCAUGCUGUGCUGAGGAAGACUGACCCUCGUUACAUGGCUCAACGUAAGUUUGCCAUGGACCAUUUCCCAGAUUAUGAAUUAUUCAAGUUAGUCUCGUCAAUAUAUGAGGUAGCACCAAGCGUAUUAACCCAACACGGUAAGACCAAAAACCCAUGGCCAAACGUGGAUGCUCACUCUGGUGUCUUAUUACAAUAUUAUGGUCUAAAAGAAUCUUCAUUCUACACCGUUUUAUUCGGUGUUUCAAGGGCAUUUGGUAUUCUUGCUCAGUUGAUUACUGAUAGGGCCAUUGGUGCUUCCAUUGAAAGACCUAAGUCUUAUUCUACUGAGAAAUACAAGGAAUUGGUCAAGAACAUUGAAAGCAAACUAUAG